CCACCAUUUUGAACGCUAUAGAUAGGAUGAUUGGGUUCAUAGAAGAGCUUUGGCAGUCAAUCUUUACACCGGGUGCUACGCCGACGCUUGUGUUGGCCACACACGUUACUUUCGCAUUGUUGGUUACGCUGCUCACAGUCUUUUCAUUUUUAACGAGAUCGAUCCACAUAAUCAAUCUAUUGGUAUUAGCGCUGUUACUGUGGGGCACAUUGACGUGGUUCAUCGCAGAGUUGGAGAAAACAAAGGAUUUGAAAGAUAACGACCAACUCUCCAAGGAUGAGUCUGGUAAAGAAGAGUCCACUAAGGUAGAGGCCCCGGCUACGGGUCAGACGACGUCUUCGUCGACAAAGACCUCGGUUGUUAAAAAGACAAGAAAGACAUAAACCAUUAAUUAUCGUUAAUUAAAAACAAAACAUUGCCUAAUGAUAUGAAGGAGUCAU